GAACCCUCGUUCCCACGAGAUGGCUACUAGAACCAUCCGCUUCUUGACACCGUCACAAGUUCAAACUCUUCAUCUGAAAUUCAUCACUUCCGGCCGCGCCGCAACCCAACCAGCCAUGCUCGAGUCCGCGAUCCAUUCGCCAAUCAAUCUAAAGCACUACGGGCAGCAAGAAGACCUGUUCCAGCUUGCUGCGAACCUCGCGGAAAAGAUUAUGAAAAAUCAUGCUUUCAUGGACGGAAACAAGCGCACGGCCCUCGUGGCCGCGGAUAUGUUUCUGAAGAUCAACGGGCAUUAUCUUCAAAAAGUGCCAUUCGCCGAAGACGCGCACAACAAGGCCCUGGCAGAUGCUCAUGUCGCCGUUGUCACCAACCGGAUGAAUGCUGAAGAGUUGGGAAGAUACUACAAAUCCGUGGCAGCCCCGCUAAUCGAACUCACUCCUGAAAUAGUUCAGUACAGGGACCAAUCAGCCGAAUACUAGCUCUCUAAUUUACCGGCUAUUUAUCUCGUGGGCUGUUGCGGUUUGGAAAACAUUACCUGGGUCCUGCGAUCAUGGUCUCGAUCCUUUCAAUCUUUGCAUAUUUAUGAAGAGGGAAAGCUCUAGGUGAUUUCGGAUAUUUGUUCAACUAUGUUGUGCGAGCUAUUGUUAUGAUAUUGAGUGUAUUUUAUAUAAAGAAAUUUGUCCUAUUUCCUUUGAGAGGGAAGAGAGUGGACUUAACACAGG